GCCAAGAAGCACGCCAGGAAAUUGCCGGUUGGAAAACUUGCAUAUAUAUAAAGGGAAGGAAUUAUGAUUCUAGCAACCAAGAAAACACAACACUAAGGGUAGCUGAUAAGAGGGCAGGAUGAUGGAGUAUCUGUGGCCAGGGGUGGGUUCCACUCUAGCCAGCCUCAUGCUCUUCUGGGCCGUGGUCCAGAGGUACCUGCCGUUUGGGCUCGAUGACCACUUGAUGAAAUACACCAACAUUUUGAUUGGAUACAUCUACCCCUACAUUCAGAUCAAGAUCCCAGAAUACACCGGCCAUCGCAUGAAGCGCAGCGAUGUCUACAUUGCAAUCCAGACCUACCUGACCGCCACCACCUCCGGGUUGGCCAAGAGGCUCAAGGCCGAGAUGGGCAAGGACACCAAAAACCUUACCUACAGCAUGGACGACUACGAGCAAGUCACUGACAAAUUCCGUGGGGCCAAGGUUUGGUGGUCAUCCAACAGGUCGGUCUCACAGUCGUUGAGCAUAUCUUGGUAUCCCGCACAGGAGGAACCACGGUACUACACCCUCACAUUCCAUCGGCGCCACCGGCAGCUCAUCAUGGAUUACUACAUGAGCCAUGUUGUAGAAGAAGGGAAGGCAAUCGGCGUGAGAAACCGGCAGAGAAAGCUGUAUACCAACAACCCCAGUAGCAACUGGGAUGGCUACAAGAAGACUGUGUGGAGCCAUGUCGUGUUCGAGCACCCAGCAACGUUCGAUACACUGGCCAUGGACCCAGAGAAGAAGCAGGAGAUCAAGGACGACCUCGAGACGUUCCGAGAGGCAAAGGAUUACUAUGUAAAGAUUGGCAAGGCAUGGAAACGAGGCUACCUCCUGUAUGGCCCACCUGGCACUGGGAAAUCCACAAUGAUUGUCGCCAUGGCCAAUUUCCUGGACUAUGAUGUGUACGACCUCGAAUUGACGGCCGUGAAGGAUAACACAGAGCUGAGGAAGCUCCUGAUCGACACCAGCAGCAAAUCCAUCAUGGUCAUCGAAGACAUCGACUGUUCUUUAGAUCUGUCCGGCAAGAGGAAAAAGAAGGCUAAGAAAUCAGAGGACAACACAGAUGAGAAGAAACUUCCACCUGGGGCAGACAAGGAUGAUAGUACUAGCAAAGUUACUCUCUCAGGGCUACUCAAUUUCAUCGACGGACUGUGGUCAGCUUGCGGAGGAGAACGGAUCAUUGUCUUCACCACAAACCAUUUGGAGAAGCUGGACCCAGCUCUCAUACGGAGAGGUCGGAUGGACAAGCACAUCGAGCUAUCAUACUGCAGCUUCGAGGCUUUUAAAGUGCUCGCAAAGAACUAUCUGGACCUCGACUCACACCCUCUAUUCAAAACUGUCCAACAACUGAUAGAAGAGAUUAACAUCACCCCAGCCGAUGUAGCUGAGAACCUGAUGCCCAAGUCCUCCAAAGCCACUGCUGCCGAUAAGGCAAACACCUGCCUUGAAAACCUGAUUCAAGCUCUCCACAAGGCCAGGGAAGUAAUGAAAUCCAAGGAAGCAGCAGUUCAGUUGGAGGAGACCGGCAGUGGGGAGACGGCGAAAGUCGACAAAGAUGAUGCUGGCAGUGACAAAGAUGAUGCUGGCAGUGAAAGCGAUUAAAUGCCACGACUGGUAUAACAAUGCAAUCAUAUUUCAAUCUGCAAUAAACAAUUUUGGUUUUCAGCAACAAUAGAUUGGGAAUAGCUCCACUUACCCUUUGGAACUCUUAGGCAUUUGUUUUGUAAGCUGUUAGUGAGAUCAUUACAAUGUAUGGGAAAGCAUGGAAUCUCUACCAAAGAUUCCUCAAAAUGAAUGCAUGAUCAAUAGCAAAAAAUCAUAAUAAAUGUCACUUUCUUUCUGUAAA